AUGAGUAAACGAGUUGGAAAGAUUGCUUCAGAUGCCGUCCAGAAGCGGACUCAAACUCCAUUGAUGUCAUGGAUCAGGAAUAAACUGCUGGCUUCGCUUGGUCGUAGUGAUGUAGCUGGUCUUCCGACUGCUGAUGGAAAAGUAAGUUAUUUCUUUAUUGUUUUAUUUGAUUUUAGGUUUUAUAUGGUUAUAAUAAAGGAGUUUUUAAUGUAAUGGAACAUUAAAAUAUUUUUUGGAGUAUUAAAUAUGGCAUAGCUCGACCGCCUAUCUUAUUUUAUCAAAAUUUUUGCAGUCUGAAUUUCAAUUCCCUCACCGUUAUCCCAGCACUCAAGCUUCCAGAGCCAUAGAGAUGCCAAAGCUUCCAGGAGGUAUUCAUCACCGUCUGUCUGAUGUGUACUAUUAUGAAAGAGAUGGUCGUCGACAAGUUGUGCCACCGAUGGAAGUAUACAAGGCUGAUUCUGAUGGCCAAAAGUUUUUGGAAGCUUUGUAAGUAGUUAAUUGUUAUUUUACUUGACAUUUAGGUUAUUUAUAUGUUCAAUUCUUUUAUAUUGUCUUUGAAAAGUUUGAAACAUUGAAAAAAAAGGAUUUUGAGAAUUAUAUAGCUUCUUUUUGGUAAUAUGAAUUGAAAAAAUCUAUGAAGAUGUAUAUUAUGAACAAAUUUAUUAAGAUGGAUGUUUAAAAUUGUAUUUAGUAAUGCAUAUUAUGUUACAGUGAACAAGCCGAAACUCCGGCCAGGAAGAGCGAAUCGGAAAACUUUGGAUUAAGCUGGUCGAUGCCAACUCCUGGUGUUGGCUGUGAAUGGGAGAGAAAUUUGGACGGCGAACGCGACUCUCAGAGAAAUAGUUACGAACUGAGACAGGUUGAGAAGUACGACAAAUACUCUCGUACCUAA